CAGCUCCACUGAAGUCGAGGCAGACAUUUUUCAAUGCAAGGCUUUUUUUCUUGCAUAAAUUAUGUUCAUGACGUAGUGCAAAGGGCCACAUUUUUCUAAUUUUCCUUUACUUUACAACAGAUAAUGGCUUUUUAAUUUGACACCCGGAGGAUUUCUGAUGAUUUGAAUUGUUGUCCAAAAGGAAAACGUCAUUAAAUAUUGAGAAAUAGGAGAUCCUCACAUUGCAACCCCUCCUUAUCAAUGCAAAUGCCUCUUUUGUGUGCAGUCACAGCGCCUGUCUGGAAGCUGAGAUGAAUUUUUAAUUAUGUGUGACUGAAACAAAUUGUGACAAGGACCAUUUAGAAGGGGAGGACAACUGAAAAUAAAAUAGAUCUGCUUGAAUUCAAGCUGCAGAGGGGUUGUAUGUGUGCUAAAAACAUGGACUCACAGGACAUCCCUGCUAAAGCUGCCCCACUUACUGUCAAUGAACAGGUGAUUGUAAUGUCUGGCCAUGAGACGAUCCGUGUGCUAGAAGUAGAGGUAGACUCUUCCACUGCGUCCUCGUUAUCAGAUGACAAAGUGGAAUCCAGGUUGGAAGGAAGAGACGACCAGGCCCCGAAACAACCUGACGUCAGCAGCAUCCAAGACACACCUACUGCCACUAAGAUCGCUGGGGGAGCAGAUGUCAGAGAGCAGCAGGUCAUAACCGUGGAUGCCACAGGCCCCACCCUCCAAACACUAGCGCCAACCAUUCCUAUCAGUGCAGCCCUACCCCAAACGCAGGCCACCCUACCCAUCAACAUACAGGCAUGUCCGCAGUUGCUGACGCAAGAGAGCUUUGCCCAGCUGAUGACGGGGAUGAUGGCCCAAGCGGGGUCCCUGGGCCAACCGCUGCUCAUCCCCCUCAGCAUGGCCGGGUCCCUGGGGGGCCAGGGGGGACUGGCUGUGCUCACACUCCCCACCACCAAUGUAGCUACGCUGCCCGGAUUAACUGCAGCCAGCACAGCCGGGAACCUCCUCAAACUGCCCUUAGCAGGCCUUCAAGCUGCGACCGUGCUCAACUCCCUGCAGCCUCAGCUGCAGACGACCGCCGCCACCUUGUUCCAGCCGCAGGCCGCCUCCCUGCAGCAGGUGACGUCUCAGCCCACGCAGGUGACCGGCACCCAGGUGACGGCGAGCCAGGUGGCCGCAGCCCAGAUGGCCUCGGCGAUCGCUACCACCAUGGCUCAGCCCGGCAUCUCCGUGGCGGCGCUGCAGACCGCCGGGCUCUCGCUCAACCCCGCCAUUUUCAGCGCUGCAUCCUUCGGAGCACAGCCCCAGUUCCUGAGUUCGCUCACCUCCACUCCCAUCUUCACCACGGCCAUGUCCAAUAUGACGGGCAUCACCAGCCAGGUCAUCACCAACGCUCAAGGACAGGUCAUCGGGACGCUCCCGCUCCUUCUGAACCCGGCCUCUCUGGGCGGAGCGGCCACUCACACCCUCCCCCUGCAGGGGCUCCAGCUCCAGACCGUCGCCCCUCAGCUGCUGUUCAACGCCCAGGGCCAGAUCGUGGCUACUCUCGGGGGCGGAGCCACCGCAGCCCCCAUCGCUGCCGCCAUGCUGCCUAAGGACUCUGCUGCGUCCGGCCUAAACAAGCCCAACAUGCAGGCCUCGGUCACAACUGUGGCCCAGUCGCCCGUCAUCAUCGCCCCGCAGACCUCUGUGAAGACAGCCGCCACGCCCAUCCCCAUCUCCUGUGCAGACAUAGCAACAGUGGGCCAGCUUGUCAGCAAGCCCCAGCAUGCGGUCAACAAUGAGGAGGGCAUUAAUCUGGAGGAGAUCCGAGAGUUUGCCAAGAAUUUCAAGAUCCGCCGACUCUCCUUGGGACUGACGCAGACACAAGUGGGGCAGGCCCUGACAGCCACGGAGGGUCCUGCGUACAGCCAAUCAGCUAUCUGCAGAUUCGAAAAGCUGGACAUCACGCCUAAAAGUGCCCAGAAGCUGAAGCCGGUGUUGGAGCGCUGGCUGGCGGAGGCGGAGCUCUGGAACCAGAAGGGCCAGCAGAAUCUGAUGGAGUUCGUGGGCGGAGAGCCGUCCAAGAAACGCAAGCGGCGCACCAGCUUCACGCCGCAGGCCAUCGAGGUCCUCAACACUUACUUUGAGAAGAAUGCCCUGCCCACGGGCCAGGAGAUCACGGAGAUCGCACGGGAGCUCAACUACGACCGCGAGGUGGUGCGGGUGUGGUUCUGCAACCGGAGACAGACGCUGAAAAACACCAGCAAGAUAAACGUCUUCCAGGUGCAGUAGUACACUCUCCUUUCUGAGCCGAGGGCGCGCGGUGGUGAGCUGCUUGGACCUAUACCAGGAUGGCAGGGGGGAAGCGUUGAGAAGAUGCAGAUUGCAUUGUAUAUAGCCACAGUGACUUGAGGUGAAAAAAAAAUUGAAAUUCUAAGAAAAUAAAGGAAGAGACAUAAGAGUGUCACGAAGAGUAUGCAAAAAAAAAACAUUUUUUAAGGUAUGUAACGGUACGUUUGUGUCAAAGAGUCAGAAUGCAUGAUUCUAUAUCAUCAGAUAUAAUGUUAUUAUUCUUCAAUAUAUAAAAUUGGCUAUUAUAAUUUUUUUUUUUUUUUACACUUUUAACCAUUUUUAAGUGACCAUGUAACCUACAAACUAAUGUGAGGAAUCUUUGGAUAUAAACCGCCAGCCAUUUUGAAUUGUAUAGCUGCUAAUUUCUCAUUUGUUUUAUAUAUUCUGUAUGAUGUUUUAAUGAAACUCAAGACAGCUUUCUGUUUCUUUUACCGCAUUAACGGUUAUCUUAAAGAUCUAAAAGUGCGUCCGUUGUACAUUUGAUUUAGUUUUGAGGUAAACCAGGUGUAACCGUGAAAUGUUGCCUUUUAUAAAAGUGUUUAUGGACUAAUCUACAUUUCACAACAUGUCCUGGUUGAUUUGUGCCAGAUAAAAAAAAAAGCUAUUCAUAGUAUGAGCUAUGAAUUAGGGAAGGAAAGUGAAAUUAAUGUUGAGCAAAAUAUUAUGGUUCCAAUUCUCGUUUUGAGAGAAGAAUGAACCGGUUUCCUGUCUGCACGUACAUUCUUUAUAGCUGUGUGAAUUGGAGACAAAAGAGAGGCAGUUUAUUGUACCUCUAUCAGUCCUUCCAAUAAUGCUUUGCACUUUAGUGGACUUUGGGACAAGCAAAAUGGUUGCAUAUAGUAUGUAUGCAUUCAUAAUUUUUUACUUAACCACUUUGGAGAAUUGUAGCAGCUACUGGUUAAAAAAUACAAUCAACAUGAUGCCAAAUGUCAUCUGCUAAUGUUAACAUUAUGCAUAUCCAUGAAAUAAUAUACUGUAUUUAGUAUUCAAUUUGACCUUUCUUUUCAUCCCAUCAUUUUAUUAAAAUAUAACACUAUGCCUUCAACAUUUUACAAACGUUAUAUACAUUAUUGUGAAAUGGAAUGGGUCUGCGAAUCAAACACUAAACAGGCAUCAUCCAGAACUGAUCAUGUUAAUGUCAAGUUACAAUAUAUUGGUUUGCUAAACCUUGUUGUUACAAAAAACGCUGUGUUGUCAUUUUUGAACAAAUAAAAUAUAAGAUUCUUGGACUAA